CGGCGGGCGGACGGUUCCGGGUGUGCGCGAGGCGGACGGUUGUGGCGGGAUGAUUCCUCCGCGGAGUUUAUUUUUGAAUGGAAGCGUGCUCUUUUCCAGUAGAAGAUGGUGAUCUUAAUGUAUGAUCAUGGAGAAGGGGAUAAGUUCAGUAGAAGUGUUACCUUCCAAAUCAUCUCAGGUUACAGCAGUAAAAGUGGUGGUCAAAGAGCCCGACACAAAGCAAACCCAAAGAGGGAAACGAGUGGGAUUUGUGCUUGUCCAUGCAGGUGCUGGUUAUCAUUCUGAAUCCAAAGCUAAAGAAUACAAGCAUGUAUGCAAAAGAGCCUGUCAGAAGGCAAUUGAAAAGCUACAGGCUGGUGCUCUUGCAACAGAUGCAGUGACCGCAGCACUUAUAGAAUUAGAGGAUUCUCCUUUUACAAAUGCAGGAAUGGGAUCUAACCUAAACCUUCUGGGUGAAAUAGAAUGUGAUGCCAGUAUAAUGGAUGGAAAGUCACUAAAUUUUGGAGCAGUUGGAGCACUGAGUGGUAUCAAGAAUCCAGUUUCAGUUGCAAAUAGAUUGUUGUGUGAAGGGCAGAAGGGAAAACUCUCUGCUGGCAGAAUUCCACCUUGCUUUUUAGUUGGUGAAGGAGCUUACAGAUGGGCAGUUGAUCACGGGAUACCAGCAUGUCCUCCAGGUAUCAUGGCUACAAGGUUUAGUUUAGCAGCUUUUAAGAGGAACAAGAGGAAGCUGGAGUUGGCUGAAAAGGUGGAAACGGAUCUCAUUCAACUAAAGAAAAGAAGACAAUCAAAUGAAAAGGAGAAUGACUCAGGAACACUGGAUACAGUUGGUGCAGUUGUUGUUGACCAAGAAGGAAAUGUUGCUGCUGCUGUCUCCAGUGGAGGUUUAGCAUUAAAGCAUCCUGGGAGAGUUGGUCAGGCAGCUCUUUAUGGUUGUGGCUGCUGGGCUGAAAAUACGGGAACUCAUAACCCUUACUCCACAGCUGUGAGUACUUCAGGUUGUGGAGAGCACCUUGUACGAACCAUACUUGCCAGAGAAUGUUCAUGUGCUUUGCAAACAGAAGAUGCCCACCAAGCUCUCCUAGAGACUAUGCAAAACAAAUUUAUUGGUUCGCCUUUUCUAGCCAAUGAAGAUGGUGUGCUCGGAGGUGUGAUCGUUCUUCGGUCUUGCAGAUGUGCAGCAGAGCCUGACUCCUCACAAGAAAAACCAACUUUACUAGUGGAAUUUCUGUGGAGCCAUACAACUGAGAGCAUGUGUGUAGGAUAUAUGUCUGCACAGGAUGGCAAAGCUAAGACUCACAUCUCAAGACUUCCUCCCGGGGCCGUGGCAGGACAGUCCGUGGCAAUAGAAGGAGGCGUUUGCCGUCUGGAAAGCCCGGAGAGCCGAACAGCUGAUUCCUCACUUCACUGUAGAGAAUGUGAAUGACUUUUUUGUACAAAAUUCUUUUGUGUUUUAGCAGCUGUUGGAAAUUCUACUUUGUUUUAUACCCCGUAUUGCAACCAUGUGCACCAUGAGACAAGUGCUGCUGUAGUUUAUGUUCUCGCUCUGCGAAUGGGCGGGUGUGCGUGUUCAUUUUUUUCCCCCAAUAAAACAGGAACUCUUCCCAGUUCUGCAAAGAUCAUGUAUGGUUAAUGAUUAUGUUUUUAUUGUUCUGUUUUUGAAAAAUAUCUGAAGAUUGAAAAACAAUUAAUUUAAAGAUGUGGUCACAAUUGUCAUUCAUGUUCUAAAUUUAAAAGUAACAGGCCUUUGAAGUGGCUAUAUAAUUAUGCAAAAACGAUUAUGGUUUCUAAGCUUCUUCGUGGUUUAAGGAAAUCCAAUAGUGGUUUAAACAUGGGUUGUUUUUUUCCUCCCCAAUAAGGAGGAUUUUUUUUUUUUUUUGGUCAAAGAAUGGUUUCAGUGAAACAAACUAGAGCAAAAUUAAAGCUAGAAUUGUUUUAAAUAGUCUUAUAGGUCAUAUCUCUGUUUUCAAACUAAGAUGUUAAUAGCUUCAAGCUGUAUGUAUUACAAAAAGCUAUAUGAAGAUAAUGUAUCGUAAUGUAGUCUUUAUGUAUAAUGGAAUACUACGGUGUAAAUAAGAAAAGUUUAUGGAAAGAUUCGAUAUUAUUCUUCGCUUCUGUUUUAAAUCUAUUUUUGAGAGAGAGAGAGAGAGAGGUACAGAAAUGAACAUAUUACUGGAUGCGAAGUGCAAUGUGUAUGAAAUGGAUGUUGGGAGGUCUGAUACUAGCUUUCUUAUUGAUAAAGCAACUUCCUAAAGUCCAGCCACAGCAUGGGUAUUUAUAUAACUGUGUGUAAUAUGUAUGUACUGUGCAUAAAUUUACUGUAAUUCUUUUUAUACCUUCAACAAAACUGCAUUAUAGGACAAUGUAAUCCUUCUCUGCCUUGUAAAACACUGGCAGUGGAACCGUCUUUUUUCACCAGUUCUGACGUGUUCGCCAGAGCACUUGAGUCCUAAAAGGGUAUUCGGACAGACGAUCUUCCGUUCAAUGCUUUUUUUUUUUUUUUUUUUUUUCCUUCACAGCAUUGGCAGCAAUAGAAGACUCUUGUAAUUAAUCCAUUGUUCUGAUAAGUAUGCCAAAGAGAAACUAAAAUAGUUCAUCUUUUUUCCUGGUGGAUAUUUGAUAAUUCUGUUUUCAGAAGUAGUGGAUGAAUAGAUAUUCAGACUGUAUUUGCUUAACUGGGCAUUGUACUUGCCUUUUUUGUAAUGUUGUGCCUGCCUAUAACAGACAUACUUGACUGAUUAAAUGGUUACAUUGAUUGUAGUACCAAUCUUU